GGGUUUUGAGGAUGUAUUGUUCUCAGCUAAUCAUAAGAAGUUGUUAUUGCAAAGUUGCGUUAGAAAUUGUCUGAAAUAUAUAUAUAUAGCUCUUUAAAAAACUUUACCAUUGUUAAAAUCAACAUUACCACCUUUGCAGCAGUAAGAUUUGUCUUUUUUCAAAAAUGAGUGCCAAUCACUCCUGAGUUGUAGGCUAAUUUGAACAUUUCCAGCCUCGUGGUGCAAUAAGGAUCCUGGUCUUCGACGAGCGCGUCGAGCUUUUUUCCCGCAUUUGGUUUCCAGUCGCCCUGCGCGCCGCAAGACGCGCAAACCAACAGCUGAGCGGCGUUUUCCGCCUCAGAGGAAGAUCCGACCGAGCUGCUGCUCAGUCUCCGCUUGCACACUUCAGCUGAGUUCGGCUCCGUUUUUACACAUUAUUCAACAUUUUGUGGACAGAAGCUGCUUCGGUGGACGAGAUGUUGGAGACAGUCGCUUCGCCAAAAUGAACACAGACUGCACCAAACCUUCUGUUGCUCCAAAGCCAAGAUUUGUUUGUCACAACAGCCCGAAGCUGCCCUCCCCUCUCAUGUCCGCAGCCAGGGGUCCCAAACCUUUUAUAGCCCCAAAACCUAAAGUCACACCAGAGCUUAAUGGUAACCAGGUAGGAUGCUCCAAUGGCAUCUCACUCAAUUCAGAUGGUGAGGGUGAUGAGGAGCAUGAGACAGAAAACGGUGUGAACAAAGACGGGUUAUCGGCAGAGAAACGAUUCAACUUCUACAUCCUCAAAUCGCCGCAAAAUAAUGUUCCGGGGUCGGAGGACGGAGAGGGGACGGAGGAGGAAAAGGAAGAGGAAGAAGAUAUGAUUCAGAAAGUGGAUGAGGACUGGAGGUUGACUGACAGCACUUUGACAGAGGAGGUGGACUCCCUGGAAACACUUUGGAGCAACGAUGCCGGGCUCACGGUGGACUCUGAGGUUGCAGUGGAGAUGGUCGACACUGAUGUGACGGAGGACAUGGACGCAGAAGGUUGUGACGGAGGCGAGGCGCUGGCCGACGCAGAUGGCCUCUCAGUGGGAGACAUCUCCAGUAACAGCAUCGACGUUUGCUAUUUGGGUGAGCAUCGAGACAUGGGGGAGAGACAAGGACAUCUCCACAUGAAGGAGGAGGAAACCGGAGAUUGUACAGCGGACGAUUUAACUGAGUCCCUCACAGAUGAACCUGGUCUCAUCAGCGAUGGAAACACAAAGGACUCUGAGGGAGAGGAGAAAGACAAGGAAGCUGCUCCGGAUUGUGGCAUCACUUGUAACAUCCUGGGGUUUAAAUUCAGCCGUAAAGAUGACUUUAAACCCGAAGACCAGAAACAGGUCUGUGACACAAGCAAGAAACAUGCUGCUGUAGUGAAUGAUCCGACUCACGAGCCUCACUACGUCUCCUCAAAGGACAUUAUUGACAGAGCGAUGAUAUCCAGGAAUAACAAAGCUCAUGGACUAGCACAGAGUCCACUUUCAUCUGUACGCAGUGGUGGAGUAUCAGCUGGGAAAUAUGGGAAAACAGCGGAGAAUGGACGAACAGAGUGUGUGUCUUCUGAGGAUUACGUUGAGGUUUGCAACCCUCUGGAGUACAGCAGUUACAACAGGGAUCAAAAUGAGGUGGGAUUAUAUCAAAAAAUGACUGAAGAACUCCAAGCUCAGGCACAGGGGGCCUUGUUUGAUCAUGUGGACUUCCAGCCGAGAUUCCGGCUAGUAUCCAUCUCAGUGCCGACCGGCACGGACACCUCGCUGACAUCUUCUCUCUCGGAAAGCCAGCUGCUUUCUCCAAGCAACUCGGAUGUCUUCGAGGAAGACCUGGAGGGUCACGUAGUGCCGUUUCUGGACGACACCACUGACACAGAACCGGAUAUCAGUGAGAAGCACAUCUACGAGGACCCGGGGGACAACUCCGAGGGCGAAAAUGUUUUUCCUUCUCACAAGAGGACAGCAGGGACGCUCUCCUGCAUCUCACGAGGGCAGUUUGUUCAGCGGACCUACGUGAGCGGGUUCGGCCAACCCGCGCUGAGCAGCAGCCCCAUGAUAAGCUCAACGCGGCACAGGAGCAGCAGCAAGCCCCACUAUUUGUCCCUGUACCCGCGCUCCCUCUCUAUGGAGGGACAGGACACGCCUCUCGGGGUCUACAACUACAGGAAUAGUUCCCCGAAACAGGGCGGCGCCAUUUGUUCAUCCGGGAGCUUCUCCCGCUGCUCCCCGCUGUCAUCCAGCGGCCUGUCCACUCCGACCUCUGUAGUGGAUAUUCCUCCGCCGUUUGAGCUGGCCUACAUCACCAAGAGGCCCGUCACAAAGAGUUCCCCCUCGCUUCUCAUCGAAGGAGACUCGUCAGAGAAAAACAGGAAAAAGAAAUCCUCCAUUAAGCGUUUCCUGAUGCUUAAAUUUAGGAGGAAAACAGAGAGCAAGCUGGAGGGGAACCCCUCCUUGUUUAAGUCCUCGGCAGAGUCCAACCAACACUCGCCCAGCAGACUUCUGGAACUAGAGAGACGCAGCAUGAGUGGCUCUCCACAGCUCAACUCCCGCUCUACUAGUAAACCUCAUCCUUCAUCAGAGCCGGCAUCCUCCUUCUUGCUUUACAGGGAAAGCAAAAGAACAGGGAACUCUGUGGCCUUUCUUAACCGCAAUGUCAUCCGGGUGGAGUCCUUUGAGGAACGCUCCCGUGUGCCUUUCGCACAUCUUCACCUGACCAAGCCUCGCUCCAUCUCCUUCCCCAACGCAGAUACCUCAGACUACGAGAAUGUUCCCGCCAUCAGCUCGGACUACGAGAAUCUUCAGGUGCCACAGCGGAGGCCCGUCUGCCAGGCGCCGUUCGCAGACUUCUUUGACCGCCCCAGUCGGAUGGUGUCCUCUGCCAAUGACACUGACGGUUACGUGGACAUGAGCAGCCUCCCUGGUUUCAAGAAUACGACACAGUCACCUGAACAGGAAACAGAAAGUGCCUACACAGAAGCCUACAAUGUGUGCUCGGUGGCUGUUGCUCCACCGGCUGUCUCAGCGAGGGAUUUCAGAAGGGAGACAGCGUGUGAAGAAGACCAAGGACGCACCUCUGAAGAGGAAGAGGGAGGUUCAGACAGCAUUUAUGACAGACAGCCUGACGGCAGAUCAAGAGCUUAUUACAUUGCGAAAGAGCUGGUGGAUACAGAGCGAUUACAUGUGAAAGGCCUCAAGCUCCUCCAGGAAGACUUUCGGGAAGCAGUGGGCGCAGCAAUCGGGGAGGAGGGAGAGCCCGUUUUGGAUGAAGAGAGGCUUCGAGAGAUUCUCAACGAGCUGCCGGAUGUUUACACUCUGCACCGCCGAAUCCUCAGCGAGCUGGAGAAUCGCCUCCGACACUGGGAGGAGAGCCAGAGGAUUGCAGACAUCUACCUUUCCAGAAAAGCACAGUUCUUGGUUUUCACCACUUAUAUCGGGCACUACGAUAGAAGCAUGAGCCUGCUGGAGGACAGCUGCCGAGCUUCACCGGCUUUUGCGGCCAUUGUUCACCAGUUUGAGCAGCAGAGUCCAGCUGGGGGAAAAGUGUCUCUGAAACACCAGCUGUUGCAGGUCAUUGUGCGUGUGGCUCAGUACCGCAUGCUCCUCACUGAUUACCUAAACAACCUCUCCCCGGAUUCCAAGGAAUAUAAAGACACCCAAGCUGCUGUAGCUGUAGUGUCUGAUAUUGCAGAUCAAACAAAUGACAGCUUGAAACAUGGGGAAAACUUGUUGCGUCUGGUCAACAUAGAGUACAGUGUUCGUGGCCUGCGGGAUCUGCUGCAGCCGGGCAGGGUCUUCGUGAAGGAGGGCACCAUGAUGAAGGUCAGCAGGAAGAGUCGACAGCCCCGCCAUCUGUUUUUGAUGAAUGAUGUGCUGCUGUACACCUACCCUCAGCAGGACGGGAAAUACAGACUGAAGAAUACUCUGCCACUCACUGGCUUGACGGUCAGUAAACCCAUAGUAGAAAAUGUCCAAAAUGCACUGAAGAUUGAAGGAACAGACAUCUCCAUCACUUUGUCUGCAAGUUCCUUCAUUGAAAGAGAGGACUGGUUUUACACUCUGAGUCGCACUGUGACGGAACAUGCCAGGGGAUCUGUAGCAUUCAACAGCUGCUUAGGAGAGGCCAGAGAUCGUCUGCGGCUGAUCCUUGGAGAAAAAGCCCCCACGCUUGUUCCAGUCUCACAAGUGAUGAUGUGCAUGAACUGCACCUCAGAUUUCAGCCUCACUCUUCGAAGACACCAUUGCCAUGGCUGCGGAAGAAUUGUUUGCCGGAGCUGCUCCAGGAACCGAUAUCCACUGAAAUACAUGAAAGACCGCAUGGCCAAAGUGUGUGACCGCUGUUACAGCGAGCUUAAGAAGAGAGGGGGAGAAGCGUCUGCUGUGUCGGGUAAGAGUAGCCCUCGUCCAAACCGCUCCAGUCGUCCUCUCUCUGCUGUGUUCCAAAACAUGCAUCCUCCCAACAUCUGGAGACAUCGCAAAGGCACCGCUUCCUUCACCCCGGUGACGGUGUCAGAGGAAGGCUCCAUUAGUGGCACGCUGCAGCGCAGCAAGACGAGCAAAAGGAACUGGAAGAGGCUGUGGUUCCUCCUAAGAGACAAGGUGCUUUACACCUACCGAGUCCAAGAGGAGAAAGUAGCAUCUGAGAGUUUACCUCUGCUGGGUUUCACAGUGAAGCUACCCGACCAGCUGGGGACAGAGGAGGAGGCCAACGUCUUCCAGCUUUACCACAAAAACACAUUGUAUUACUCCUUUAAAGCGAAGGACAACUACACAGCCCAGAGGUGGGUGAAUGCCAUGGAGGAAGCCACAGUUUUAUAGCAUCAGUUAGUUCGGAUCGCCAAAAAUGCAACUCUGCUGCAUUAUUUCAGCAACAGACUGAAACCAAAAGGGGACGAUGGAGAAAGACAAAAAAAAUGUGUUUCAAUGUGUCUGCAAGUUGUAACUUGUCUGGCUGGACUGAAUAAGACAAGACAUCUUGUUCUUUGAGAGGGGACCUGAUUACCUCCAGUGUCCCUUACCUGCUGUUACAGCAGGUGUGAUGCAGAGAGUCACGACGGGCGACGGCCCAGAUACCUGCCAGUGUGGAACAUUACACGCAUGUCACCUGAAUUUCCCAACCAGCCGGUCAGCGACAUUCCUCCACAUUAUGGAACAUGAUGGAUUUUUGGAAAAGAAAGAAAAUCUCAACAAUUUAUUUUUCAAUGUAUCAAUUAAUCAAAUAAAUGACAAAGAUAUAACUGGACAAAUAUUUUACCCACAGUUUGUUUACUCUAUAUCAAAGGGAGGCUAAAAAUUAGUAACUCAUUUUUAAAAAUCCCAAGACCAAAUCUGGAUUCGGAUCUUCAGUAAAGAAAAAUGUUAUUAGUUCUGUCUGUAGCUUUAUACUGCACUGUAUUGUUGGAGAUGGUUCUGCCAGUGAACAAUUUCUAUGCUUCUUUGCACUGAUACAAAAAGGAAUGACCCUGAAAAAUAAAUACUACCUUCACAAAGGCCAAGAUCUUUAUCUACUGUACUUAAGUCAUGUACACACUUUUAAAUCUGUUUUGCCAAUUAAAUACCUAAAACAAG